UCUCUCCUACGAACUAGCCGUUACAAACUCAACUUUCUCUUCCCUCUUCUCACUAUAUCUUAUACUCGCUCUAACGAAUCCAAUAGCUGUAAAUGGCGACUUCUAUGGAAUCUAUUUCUCCCCCUUCAAUCAAAGAGAGAUCGCCAAGCUUGAUGGGAUCUUCUUCCCCGAUCUACAGCCCGUCUUCAGAUAAGCGAUUCUGGAGCACCCUGCGCAGCCGGGUCGACUCGCUUCUCGAGAAUCGAAAACCUAUGGAUCAAUCCGUGCACGUUCAAAUGAAUGAUGAGACAAUGCAGCGGGAGAAGAGAUUGAAGGAAGACUCCAUGCUUUUGCUCAGAGGGUUUGACUCUGUUUCUCAGUCACUUUGUCAGCUUUCUGACAAUCUCGAGAAUGCUCUGCAGGGAGCUAAAUAUCUUGCUAGACCUCCCAAAUUGACUGAAAUCCUUCAGGCCACACUGGAAAAAGCCAGAAGUGAGGAAAAACUGAAAAAUGAAAAUAUAGAUGAAGAGGACGAGGACGAGGCAAAGGAGAGUGAAGAAACCAGAAGAGGAUUGAAAAGGAGGUUGGACUCUCCAGAAUGUCCUGAGAGUCAAACAGAGGAUUCCCAUAACCAAAAUGCACAGAGCCCAAAAGAAUUGGGGCAGCUGAAGAAAGCUAAAAAUCUGGCAAUUUCUAUGGCAACAAAAGUAGCCGGCUUUGCAAGAGAAUUGAAAUCAAUCAAGUCAGAUUUAAGGUUUACACAAGAAAGAUGCUGUCUUUUAGAGGAAGAGAACAGGAAACUUCGUGAUGGAUUUGGUAAAGGUAUCCAGCCGGAGGAGGAUGAUUUGGUAAGACUUCAAUUGGAGGCACUUCUUGCUGAGAAAUCGAGAUUGGCAAAUGAAAAUGCGAACCUGAAAAGGGAAAACCAGUGCCUCAACCAGCUUCUGGAGUACCAUCAGCUCACUUCACAAGAUCUCUCUGCAUCUUAUGAGAAUCUAAUAGGGGGAAUGUGCUUAGACUUUUCAUCUCCAGCAGAAGAGUCUGAUACCAUUGGCGAUUACACAGAAGAUGCAAAAACACCAAGAACUGAUAUAUUAGGAGUCUCCAAAUCAUUGAACGAAUGCUAUGAUGAAGAACAAGAUCAAUAGAAGCUUGUAAAAUUUUGCUUAAGAUAUGGACUCUGGUGCAAUGAUUGUUAUUUGUUAUUUUGUUAAAUUUGAAAAGGGUGAUGAAGGUUGAUGGAUUUGGAAAUGGAUAGGGAAUGAUGAAGACACCGCAACAAAUAUUUUUGUAUCAAAAACAAUCUCAUAUGCAGAGUUGUAUAACGAAGUUCGAAAAGUAGUUAAGGUUGAUCCCAAUGUGUAUGACAUCGAGAUGAAAUUUCUUGUUCCCGGCAUGGCAAAAUUAUCAGUUCCGCCAGUGAAGAUUACUUGCGAUAUGGAUGUUAGUUGGUUUCUUUCUUUGCAUGACAAAGUUCCAAUUUGUGUAACCCUUGUAAAAAAGGGUUAUGUUGAUCAACAAGACAUGGAUGUUAAC